AUUUUGAUUUAUAAGGUCAAAAAAGACCCCCGAACGGCUCCUCUGGCCUCCAUCAGCCUGCAGGAUGGGUGCAGAAUACUAAUCAGGCAGAUGGUAAGCGAGGGUGGAUAGUAAGGGCAGGCGGGGGGGCUCUACAUCUUUCCGUCUGGCGAGACAACAGAAAUACGGGAUAGUGUCCCUGCAGCACCGAGGCUGCACAGAUCCGCUGGGCGUCGUGCCUGCGCUGGGAGCCGCGUCUCUCACUCCUCUCUGUCCCGGAGAUCUCCAGCCGGCCGGCAUGUCUUACCAGGGCAAGAAGAGCACCCCCCGCAUAUCGAGCGAUCGUCUCGUCAUCAAAGGCGGGAAGAUUGUCAACGAUGACCAGUCUUUUUACGCCGACAUCUAUGUGGAGGACGGAGUCAUCAAGCAGAUCGGGGAGAGCCUGAUCGUCCCCGGUGGAGUGAAGACGAUCGAUGCCUACGGCCACAUCAUCAUCCCGGGUGGAAUAGACGUGAACACCAGCCUCCACGCUCCACACCUGGGCAUGAACCCAGCCGAUGACUUCUACCAGGGGACCCAGGCCGCACUUAUGGGCGGCACCACCAUGAUCAUCGACCACGUCGUCCCCGAGCCGGGUUCGAGCCUGCUGACGGCGUACGACCAGUGGCGCGACAUCGCCGACAGGCGGUCCUGCUGCGAUUACUCUCUGCACAUAGACAUCACGCGCUGGCAUGAGGGGCUGGUCGAGGAGCUGGAGACCUUGGUGAAGGACAAGGGUGUCAAUUCCUUUUUGGUCUUUAUGUCCUACAAAGACAGAUUCCAGAGCUCUGAUACACAGAUGUAUGAAAUCUUCAGCAUCCUCAGAGACCUGGGAGCCAUCGCUCAGGUUCACGCUGAAAACGGGGACAUCGUCGACGAGGAGCAGAAGAGGCUGCUGGGCCUUGGGAUCACAGGCCCUGAGGGACACUUGCUGAGCCACCCUGAGGAGGUGGCGACAGAGGCUGUGUACCGCGCCGUAACCAUCAGCAAGCAGGCAAACUGCCCCCUCUACGUCACCAAGGUGAUGAGCAAGUCGGCCGCCGAUGUCAUCGCACAGGCCAGGAGGAAGGGCAUGGUGGUGUACGGCGAGCCAAUCGCAGCCAGUCUGGGCGCCGACGGCACACACUAUUGGAGCAAGAACUGGGCCAAGGCCGCCGCCUUUGUGAUGUCACCACCAAUCAGCUCUGACCCCAGCACAGCAGACUACCUCAACUCUCUGCUUUCCUGCGGUGACCUCCAAGUUACCGGCAGCGCUCACAGCACGUUCACCACGGCUCAGAAGGCCGUCGGAAAGGACAACUUCACCUUGAUUCCGGAAGGUACAAACGGGAUCGAGGAGCGGAUGUCAGUCGUCUGGGAGAAGGCCGUGGUAGCGGGAAAGAUGGAUGAGAAUGAGUUUGUGGCAGUGACCAGCACCACCGCCGCCAAGAUCUUCAACCUGUACCCCCGUAAAGGUCGUAUCGCCGUGGGCUCCGAUGCCGACAUCGUCAUCUGGAACCCAAAGGAGACCAGGAUAUUUUCUGCAAAAUCGCACAAGCUGGUGGUCGAGUGUAACAUCUUUGAGGGCAUGGAGUGCCAGGGGGCCCCGGCCGUGGUGAUCAGCCAGGGGAAGGUGGUGCUGGAAGGAGGAAAGCUCAACGUCACCGAGGGAUCCGGUCGCUUCAUUCCCAGGAAGUCGUUCCCAGACUUCGUCUACAAGCGGAUCAAGGCCAGGAAUCGGAUGUCCGAUGCCCGUGGUGUCCCAAGGGGUCUUUACGAUGGACCCGUGCACGACGUCAUCGGAGCGACGAUGUCCGUACCGGCCACACCGACCCCUUGGGGAUCCACAUGUCCCGGGAAGGCCCAGAUCGUACCUGCCCGGAACCUGCACCAGUCCGGCUUCACGCUCUCUGGAACACAGAUGGACGACCACAUUCCAAGGCGCACGGCCCAAAGGAUUGUGGCUCCCCCGGGUGGCAGAUCAAAUAUUACAUCGCUAUCUUGAUCUUCACUCCUUCCCUCCUUAGCACCUAUAAGAAAACUACUCUUGCUUCCUAUAACACCUAGUGGCACCACCCUGUACUGCAUCAGCAUUAAAUAGGAAUAACUCACUGAUAUUAAUUUUGUGUGACUUCCCAGUAGCAAAAAAAAACAGCCGGCACAUAUAUUUCAUCUCAUUCAUAAUAUCUAUACUCAACUGUGCGUAACUAGCCAACAACGUAGCAACAGGCAUUUGUCGC